AUGGAGUCACUAUUGCUCGCCCUCCUGGGCCUCUCCAUCUCCGUUCUAUCGGCGCAGCCCUCGUCUCCCAAACCCAUUCCGGCCCGCAUGCGGGAUCUCACGUUCGGCCAGCUGAAUUUUCUCCAUACAACUGAUACGCAUGGCUGGCUUGGUGGCCAUCUCCAGGAAGCUUCCUACGCCGCCGACUGGGGAGACUACAUCUCAUUCGCGGCUCGUAUUCGUACAAAAGUCGAAGCGGAAGGGGGGGAUUUACUCCUAAUAGACACAGGCGAUAGAGUAGACGGAAAUGGUCUCUACGACGGCUCGGAGCCAAAGGGGCUAUAUACCGCGGAGAUUUUCAAGCAGCAACGCAUUGACAUCAUAUGCUCUGGCAACCAUGAGCUGUAUCAAAAGAACACGUCCGUAAAUGAGUAUCUGACAACAGUCCCCAAUUUCAAAGGCAACUACAUCUCCUCGAAUAUCGAUAUAAUGGAUCCCCACUCGGGGGAGCGGGUCCCCUUGGCCGCACGCUUCAAGAAAUUCACGACACAGAAACUAGGUAUCCGUAUUGUGGCGUUUGGGUUUUUAUUCAAUUUCAAACAAAACUACAAUAAUACCUUUGUCCAACCUGUGGAGGAGACUGUCAAGGAAGAAUGGUUCCAGGACGCGAUUCGGGACAAGGAUGUCGACCUUUUCGUCGUUGUUGGACAUGUUGCUGUGGAAUCGAAUGAAUUCUUAACCAUCUACAAAGAGAUAAGGGGCAUGCAUUGGGACACCCCAAUCCAUUUUUUUGGAGGCCACUAUCAUAUCCGGGACUAUGUUAAGUACGACGAAAAGGCGUACGGACUCGCCAGUGGCAGGUUUAUGGAAACGAUCGGCUUCGCCUCCAUCAGCGGUUUGUCGACGGGAGACAAGCAGUCAUCGUCUGCAGCAGCCAACCCAUCAUUCACACGGAGAUACAUCGAUAAUAACCUCUGGUCCUUCAGCUACCAUACCGGUCUCAACACAACCACCUUCCCCACGGAACAUGGCAAGAAUGUCUCCAAAAUGAUCCAGAGUGCUCGGCGCGAACUGAAACUUGACCACAUACAUGGCUGCGCGCCGAAAGACCUGUGGAUGUCGCGCGUGCCGUAUCCCCACAACGCAAGUUUAUAUUCUUGGCUGGAGAAGAAGGUCCUGCCCGAUAGCUUCCGUGUGAAAACGCGCCCUAACAAGGCCGCUAUGGUUAUCAUAAACACAGGUGCUCUCCGCUUUGAUAUCUUCAAAGGGCCUUUCACGAAAGAUUCAGCAUACACUCUAUCACCGUUUCCAUCCGGCUUUCGCUAUGUUAAGGACGUGCCUUACGAAAAAGCGAAACUGGUCAUGGAAGUCCUGAAUCGACAGAUAAAAAUUCUCGCAGACAUGCCGAACUCGACUGUUUCUGCAUCGUCUUUCCUAUCCCCGCCCGAGCAGCAGAAGAUAUCUCUCAGUAGCUUCGUCAACGGCGAGAACGAUGGCCAUGGUCGAGGAGAAACCCAACUGUCUUCGCCGAACCAAAUCCCACUCAACUCCCCCAGUGGUGAUGACCGCGAUACAGAGGAUGAUCAAGGCAAAGAGCCAGCUCUGAUCAUCAUGCCGGGCUACACUACGGUAGACGACGCAGGCGACGAUGGUGACGACACGAUCCACUCCAAGAUAUCCUCCUACAAAGUACCAAACUGCCUGUCCGCCUUCGUUCCUGCAAACACUUCCACAUCCACAUCCAUGUCCUCGCCUUCGCCCAGGGACAUGAACUCCGACACUGCAGACCCAGAAGCCGUCGACGUUGUUUACCUCGAUUUCGUCGAGCCAUGGCUGGAUAUGGCGUUUAAAUUUGUGGGACACGAUGUUGAUAUGAAGGAGGAUACAGAGGUUAUUAUGGAGGAGGAGACCCUGGGGACUAUUGUUGUCCGGUGGGUAGAGGAGAAUUGGAAAUGUCAGGAGGGGAAGGUAUAGAGAGGGGGUAGCGGAGUCGGGAUGCUUUCUUGUGUUUUUGGGAAUUGGAAAUUAGUUACUAGUUAGAUAUUGUGUUUUCGGCUCUUUAUGUUUGGAUUCGGGAUUGUGCGGCUUUUUAUUGAGAUUCACGUUUUCUUUCCGGGGUUACUAUAGAGGGAAGGAGAUAUAAUUGCGUGUUGGAUUUAUGAUAUCGUGGAUGGAAUUUGAUAUAUCUCCGCCGUGUUUGGAUUGUUUAAUCGCAAUAUAGUUGCUAGACAGAUACAGGAUGCCAGGAUUUGCAAAACAGCGGGCUCAAUUGAAGAGAUAAUGAAGACCCAUACCAUAAAUAGACUCAAAUACAUUUUUUUCUUCCCGCUCUCUAGCUACAGUAAUGUACAAUAUGAUAAUAUAAAAUGAUUUUAUAGACACACCCAUACAAACACGACCCGAGAACCGAACACCGAAGUGUAGAGGACGCAAAACCAUCGCCUCACUUAAUCCCCUUCGUACACAAACACACUCUUCCCGCUUCUUCUCCCGCUCAACGUCCCCUGAGCCUCCGCCGCCAACUCUGCCGCCUCGGUCUCCCAGGUCCAUUUCUUCUCUUGGACGGGUAUAUCCUUGAACUUUCCCGCCCUCACCAACCUCAAAAUAUCAUUGACCGUCUCUGUCUUCAGCGCUGGAUUCUUAUCACUCCACUUCGACACCCAAAAACCAUCCAGGACCAGAUUCUUGAAAAUCAACAACCCCGACGGCAGCGUCAGGGGCUGCUUCGCCAUCGCUCCAUACGUGACCAUAUGCGACUCGGGCGCAAGCACCUUCAACAUCGCCGUCGCGCUGGGCCCGCCCACGCAAUUCAGCGCCAGGCGAAUGGGCUCCUUGCCCUGGCGCGUCCGUUCGUGCACGAUGUCGCGGAACGUCUUGGACGAGAGGAGCUGGGCCUCCGUCACGACCGCCGUCGCGCCCAGGGCCAGCAGAUCGUCCGUCAGCGCCGCCGUCUCCGCGGCCGAGUCCCGCUCGCGAAUGACGUUCAGCGUCUUGAUGCCCCAUUCGCGCCCGAGCUGG